AUGGGCAUGAGAAUCACGAAGGAUUUGGUGUUUAGUUCGGGGUUACUAUGGAUUUAUGGUUGUGACGGGGGAGAUCUGAGGAGAUCUCUAUUUUGGAAGGAAUAUGGGGACAACGGAAGUAUUUGGGUGGAUUUGGAUUGGGAUUUCGGGGAUUUGGUGUACCAGAGGCUUCAAUGGGAUUUAGUGGAUCCUUGUUCACAAGAAAGGAAAGGCUCUUCUCAAGAAUAUGGGUUCAUAUCUUUUAGGAGAUUUGCGUUGAGAGUGGAGAGAGGAUAUUUGCAGCGGAGAAACGAGAUCCCAGAUUUGGUGAGAUUGAUUUUGGAAACCUCAGGGAGUUUAUGGAAUAUAGAACCAAGGGAAGUGAUGGGAAUGGAUACGAAUCCCGGUGAACCGGUAUGUCUAAAGGUAGUCAACACCGACUAUGGAAUCUCCAAGAAUCACGGUAUUGAUUUAUUCGACAAUCUUAUAGUUAGGAAAAUACAGAGGAGAUUUUCUGUGGUAAAGGCUAUAUAUUGGAGGGAUCGAUGGGUGUUCUCAAGGCAUUCUCAUCUCAUCAUCUCUCUCGUGGUCAUUUUCAUUUCUCUCCUGUUCUCUACGCUCGAAGUAGUGAUGUCUCAAGCGAGUUUGAUCAAGUCCGGUGGCUCCAACAAGGGGAAGGAAACCUUGCGGCCAAGAUUGCGAGUUACUCUCCCUGACUUUGAUGACUCGGAACUGAUCAAGGGCUAUUCCAAAACCUUGAUUGGUAGGUGUGUGAAUCCAAAGAAGCAGGAUGUGCAAUCCCUGAUUUUCAUUUUCCCUCGCAUAUGGAAAAUAGAGAACCGGGUGACUGGUGCGGAUCUCGGACUGGGCAGGUUUCAGUUUGACUUUGACGAGGAAGAGGACAUCAUCGAGGUGUUGAAGAUGGAGCCGUAA